AUGUCAUCCGACUCGCAAGAGAGCAGGGCUCCUUUGGUCAGGGGCGUGAUGUGGGUGAUGGCGGUGGUUCCUUUGGUUUUCGUUGGCAUUCGUUUAUAUGUCCGGUGUUACGUGAAGCGGGUUUUUGGCUGGGACGAUUUUAUCAUUAUUAUUGCGACGGCCCUUCUGAUCGCUUACGCUGCCGUGUGUCAUGUUGCCACGCAGUAUGGCCUGGGCCAACAUCUAGCUGUCGUGGAAGAAAAUCCUGAUAAUCUUAUUACCGUGGCUUUGCUAUGUGAUAUUGGCGAAGCUUUGGCUAUCAUGGCUUGUACUUUGGGAAAGACCUCGUUCGCUGUCACCCUCUUGCGCAUCGUCGUCAAGAGGUGGAUGACUGUAGUCUUGUGGGUGGUCAUCGUGACUAUGAACUUGGUCAAUAUCUUGACGGCUAUCUUUGUCUUUGCUCAAUGCAAGGAUCCUCGACAUCUAUGGAAUCCUGCCAUCCCUUCCGAGUGCUGGUCUUCGGAUGUUUUUACUAAUUAUUCGCUGUUUGUCGGAGCAUACUCUGGUGCUCAAGACUUUGUCCUAGCACUUCUCCCCUGGUCAAUUGUGUGGAAUCUUCAGAUGAAGAAGAAGGAAAAGUUUGGCGUUGCCUUUGCCAUGAGUCUGGGUGUCUUCGCCGGUGCUGCCGCCAUCGUCAAGACAACAUUCCUAGUAGCACUGUCCGCUAAAGCAGACUUCACAUGGGAACUGGCCCCCCUGCUCUACUGGGCUGCCGUGGAAGACGGUCUGGCCAUCACCGCUUCUUCAAUCCCGGCUUUGAAACCUCUCUUAGUGAGCAUGUUCCCUAGCUCAGCAGAAGACAACUACAACAUGAUCUCUUAUCCGCCCAAAGCCCCUUCUCGGAAAGUCUUUGAUAGUUCCGAGGGAGAGACGCAGACGGAUAUUGGGCGGGAAAGUCUCCGCGAUGCGGGGAGUCAGACUGCUAUUGUUGAACCGCAGUCUCCCGUGUUGGGGAAAGAAAGUAUUAAUUUGACUACGGAGGUCUCGGUGAUGUAUUCUCGGUCUCCAUAA